AUGGCGUCCGUGAUCUCAGCUGUGCCGAACCCGGCACUCGGAAAAACAACCGUGCUACAACGGAAAUCUGAUUCAAACGCGAAACACAAGAUCUCCCCGAGCAUCUCGUUAUUCUCGGGUGGGGUCGCCGGGGCUGUCGAAGCUGCCGUCACUUACCCUUUCGAGUUUGCAAAGACAAGAGCGCAACUCCAAUCAACCGGCAGCAAGAACCCGUUUUCGGUUCUUCUCCAGGUUGCCCGACAAGAUGGACCCAAAGCCAUCUACACCGGCUGCUCAACGUUGAUCAUUGGAACAACCUUCAAGGCUGGAGUUCGAUUUCUCUCCUUCGACUCCAUCAGAAAUGCCCUCAUUGACGAAAGUGGUCGUUUGACGCCUGCACGUGGCAUCCUCGCCGGUAUGAUCGCCGGGUGUGUCGAAAGCGUCGUGGCGGUGACUCCUACCGAACGGGUGAAGACGGCGCUCAUUGAUGAUGCCAAAGCAGGCGCAAGGAAAUAUGCGGGUGGAACGCAUGCGCUCAUCACAAUGGUUAGAGAGCACGGAGUGGGUGAAGUGUAUCGCGGUAUCGUUUCCACCACGCUGAAGCAGUCUGCGACCUCUGCUGUGCGGAUGGGCUCUUACAACGUGCUGAGAGAGGUUUCCAAGCAGCAUGGGCUCCCUAACAACAGCCUCGUGACGUUCGGCUCUGGUGCUGUUGCCGGCAUCAUCACUGUUUAUGCCACCCAGCCGUUCGACACCAUUAAGACGAGAGCGCAGUCUGCGCGUGGAGCCGGUACUCUGGAAGCCUUUCGAAUGGUACUGUCAGAAAGAGGUGUGAGGGGUUUCUGGAGCGGAAGCACAAUGAGACUCGGUCGUCUAAUUCUGAGUGGAGGAAUUGUAUUCACUGUAUACGAAAAGGUUUCAAGCCUUCUGGCGCGUUAG